AAAGGAGGAGUUAGAAGUAGGAAACUUGUUCAUUCUUCAGUUUCCAGUUUAGUGAAAGGUCGCAACCAAUUAAUUCUUGUAAGAACUCUCGAACUGUGAGGAUCAUCUCUGCUUGGGAAAUUUCUGAUUUUUUUAUCAUAGACGAGUGGACAACUGUAGACUGAAGGAGACUAAAAUAUUUAGCAAAAUGAUGAAGUGGACUAUUUUGCUUGCGACUCUGGUUGGUCUUGCUCUCGCCGGACCAACUCAAGACGUAGCGCAGUUUGACCAGCAAAGAGAUUGGAAAUCCGCACUCUUUUACGACUUCUGGGCUAAUGACAUUGACGGGAAUGUUGUUUCUCUAUCAGAAUACAAAGGAAAAGUUCUGAUUGUCGUCAACGUCGCCAGUAAUUGCGAUUUGACUGAGUCCAACUAUAAGCAGCUUCAGGCCCUUUAUCAGAAAUACAAAGAACAAGGUUUGAGGAUUCUCGCAUUCCCUUGCAAUCAGUUCAAAGGACAGGAACCAGGAUCCUCACAAGAAAUUAAGGACUUUGUUAAAAAAUACAAUGUUUCCUUCGAUAUGUUCGAGAAAAUCGAAGUAAAUGGUGAAAAUACACACCCUCUCUGGAAAUGGAUGAAGGCUCAACCCAACCCAGCUAAAUCUUUCAGCCAGGACAUCUCGUGGAACUUCACCAAAUUUGUCAUCAACAGACAAGGAGAAGUUGUUGCCCGAUUUACACCCCAUACUGAGCCGAAAGAGAUGGCAGAAACACUCGAAAUCUACCUCCAGAAGGAAGCUGAGUUAUAGACAUAGUUUUGGUAUUUUUAUUUCUUAUUUCGUGUUGUAAGUUUUAUAGGAUUGAUAAGUUUUUGACCUCUCAGAGGAGAAAUGAACUUUGAUAUGAUAAAAUUAAGUAACCUUUGUGAGAUUGAAUUUGAAGUUUGACAUCAUGUAAAUAAUGAUUGAUAAUAAAGUUUCGUGAGUUUAUUUUGCACUGUUAAAA